CAAAUAGAAAAGAUAAAGGUGUUUUUGUACAUUUUUAUAUUCAUAUGCAAAUUAAUCUUAGUUACACCAUCUUUUCUUUCCAUGUCCCAUAAUAUAUAUCCAUCACAAGAAUCUAUAAAUAUCUAAUGCGUUAUUGUCAUUUUUCAUCGGUGAGAGGAUCAAACUUAGGAUAUAGAAAUAGAAGGGAAAAAACCCAUUAUGGAUACAAUGAAGAAAUCUUCUAGAGAUUCCAUUUCUGUUCUGCAGUGGGUAUUGACCAUUGUGAUGAUAUUGAACCAAGUCGUCGUCUAUGGGAAACACAAGCACCUGCAGAUUCAUGAAAUGAAAUCGCUUAGAGCUUCCUUGAUGAUCCAUCGCAAUCUCCUUUCUCCGAUUUCUCCUCCUACUUCUCCUCCGGCGGCAACGUCAGGUCCAGUGGUAUACCGUGUGACGUCGUACGGAGCAGAUCCGACCGGGAGAUCGGACAGUACGGACGCGAUCACGAAAGCGAUGAAAGAUGCAUUCGACGGUCCGAACCAUGGGGUAUUAAUGGAAGGUAUCAACAAUCUUGGAGGAGCGAAGAUCGAUCUUGAAGGUGGGACCUACUUGCUCAGUCGUCCUCUUCGCUUUCCCUCCGCCGGUGCCGGCAAUCUCAUGAUCACCGGAGGAACGCUCCGAGCAUCGGAAGAUUUCCCGGUGGACGGAUACUUGAUCGAUCUCUCCGACCCAUCGUCGAAACUAAAUUACGUCUACGAAUUCAUAACCCUAAAAGACAUGCUCGUCGACUGCAACUACCGCGGCGGAGGAAUCGCCGUCGUGAAUUCUCUCCGGACAGGCAUCGACAACUGUUACAUCACUCACUUCGGCGACACAAACGGAAUCUUUGUCCGAAACGGACACGAAACUUACAUCCGAAACUCCUUCAUCGGUCAACACAUCACCGCCGGCGGCGACAAGGCCGAGAGAAACUUCUCCGGCGUUGCGAUCAAUCUCAACGGCAACGAUAACGCCGUCACGGACACCGUUAUAUUCUCGGCGAGGAUAGGGGUAAUGGUAUCCGGACAGGCAAACAUCCUCUCCGGCGUCCACUGUUAUAACAAAGCGACGGGUUUUGGCGGAACCGGGGUUUAUUUGAAAUUACCCGGUUUAACCCAAACCCGGAUCGUGAAUUCGUACAUGGAUUAUACCGGUAUUGUUGCGGAGGACCCGGUUCAGCUUCAGAUUUCAGGAACAUUUUUCCUCGGUGAUGCGUUUAUAUUGUUGAAAUCGGUAAACGGCGUCGUUCGAGGAGUUAACAUAGUGGACAAUAUGUUUUCCGGGUCGGGUAAUGGGGUCCAGAUCGUGCAAUUGGAUCAGACGAGCAAGGCGUUUGAGGGCGUUGACCAAGUGGUCGUUGACCGUAACAGUGUGAACGGCAUGGCGGUGAAAUCGACGGUGGCGAAAGGGUCGGUGGAUGGGAACGGGACGACGUGGACCGUUGAUUUCAACCCGGUUUUGCUGUUCCCCAACCUAAUUAAGCACGUGGAGUAUUCGGUGGUGGCGCGUGAUGCGCACGUGUUCCCUGUUCACGCGCUGAGGAACGUGUCGGAGAAUCGUGUGGUCGUUGAGUCCAACGCUCCGGUGGCUGCGAGUGUUUAUGUGACGGUGGAUCAAGGAGUCUCUAGCUUUGGUAAUUAAUUUUUUUUUAUAAAAAUGAUUACUAUUAUUAUUUGAAAAUUUAAUCUUCUUUGAUAUUUUUGUAAUUUCCAAUAAUGGAAAACCAUUUUUAGG